AUGGGUAAAUUUUACGAUAUAGAUCCGAAUACGUGUAGUAUUGAAGAAUUGAAGGGCGCGAUAGCAUCGUGUAAUGCAAACGUCGAAUUGUUCGGAGCACUUGAACAGGGUUGUAAAAAGUUCAUUAACUCCGUGUAUGGUGCACUCGGCAGUCGUUAUUAUGUCUGUGCAAACACUGCAAUUGCCGAGUCUGUGACGUUACAGGGGCAAGAUUUGAUCAAGUUCUCGUCGAGAAAAGUCAAUUAUCUUGUGCAUGAGUUGUGGCAUAAAAUAAACGACGUUGUGAAACCGAAGGCGUUUAUUAUGGAUGAGAAUGGAAAUCUUGUCAAAGUGAUUGUCUAUACGACUCCUGAUGAAGAAUUGGAAUGUUUGUGUGAAACAGGCAAUUAUAUUUUUGUCAGUGAUGAUUCGAUAUUGAUUGGAUAUGAUUCUUUUAUCGACAUAUUGAAAGACAAUAAAAAUUUGAAAAUGGUCGAUUGUGAAUUGGUGAACGGAGAUAAGAAGACGACUGGUAAAAAGAUAGAAUUGAAUUAUGAAUCAUUGAAAUAUGUCCGUAGUUAUCUGAACAUUUAUCGUCGUAUCGCACAUGAUAUGGUUAAGAUAAAUCCCGAGUUUGAUGUUGAUGCUUUUAUGGUUAAUUGUCUGACACAAGUUGAGUAUCCAAAAGAGACGCAAAAGUCAUCAAGUGAUACUUUAGAUGAAAAUGGUAAUCCAUUGAAAAUCAACACUUUACAGGUAUAUGGGGAUACCGAUUCUUCUUACUUAACUCUACAGCCCCUCAUUGAAUCAUGCAAAAUUUCUCCUGAGAUGGCGACAAAAUUCAUAUUGUCAUUCAACGAGCAUGUCAUGUCCGGAUAUCUGAAUCUUCAAUUUGAAAGUUAUGCGAAGAAAUUCAAUUGUCCGGUCAAUUUGGAAAAUUUCGAAUUGGAAAAGGUUGCCCGUUCUGUCGUUAUGCAGAAAAAGAAGAAAUAUGUGAUGGAUAUUGCUUGGGAUGAUUCGAAUACAUUUUAUGAACCAUUGCAUAAAGUCACGUUUUCUGGAGUUGAGGCCGUUAAGGGUGAGUCAUCCAAAUUCAUACGUAAUGAGCAGAAGGAAUUUGUUCGGUGGAUUAUCGAUAACAUCAAUAAUGGAAAGAAAUUGCGCUAUCCGGAAAUAGUUUCAAAAAUCAAGCAGAUCAAAGACCGUUUUCGCAUGGCUAAUCCGGAUGAUAUAUGUAUUACCAAAUCGAUGUCGGAUUAUGAAAAAUACAUUUUGAACGAUAAGGGUAGCACGAUUCGUUAUGUUGAGACGUUGGCUGAACAGAAGAAACAGCUCAGCGACGACGUUGAUGAUUUGUUCGAUGAUGAGGAUUCUCAAGAGGAAGAGCAGGGUCAAGGAAGAACGAUAUCUGUUCCGUUCCAUGUCAAAUCGGCUGCU